GCAAGAAUGAAACGACGGAUCGUGCUAUGUUCAAAAAGGAUGGAUGUACUAGCAUUCCAGUACUUAAUAGGUUGCAACUAUUCACUAUCUAAGCUAAAUGCUAAAGCUGAACGCAUGAAUAGAAAGAUCAAAAUGAUUGCUGCCAAAAAGAAAAAAAAGAUAUUUCCUACCACAAUUGAGAAAGGUUCGAAGCAUGUCGACUGCUUUUCUCUUGGCCCUCCUUCGAGCGUAUGCCAAUACUGUGCAGCUGUUAUG